UUCACUUGGUGCCGCAGUGCGGGAGUACUUUUUCGAUCACCGCUGUGUGUGUGUUAGAGUCGUCCAGCGGGCGUUCUGGGCGUCGUCUCAGGGUUGCGUUGCGUAGUGUGCCUCACCUCGAACCCUGCUUCGUUCCGUGCCCAUUUCUGUUCCUUUGCGUUCUCCCUUGACCUUCAGUUGGUUUGUGGCACAGUUGGACAAAUUCUCUCCAUCCGCUACAGUACACGAAGCUGUUCUGUAUGCGGUUGUUUUGUCAGUGUUGGACUGCUACUUAGGUUGUGUAUGAUUCUUUCUGGAGACUUUGUGGACUGGGAGUUCAUCGAUUUCGAGGAAUUCCCGAUUGGGGAUACAGCAGAUUCUAGUCUUGCAAGGCAAUUGAUCUGCUGAAGAAUAGCGAGCUUGCUGCCUCGAGCUAAAGAUGGCGGUUUCGGUGAAUGCAUAUUUGGUCACUUCCCUGACAACGAAAUCCUCCCACUUUAACAGUGACUUCGGCAAUACUGAUUUGCUAUUAGGUCAAGGUUUAGGUGGGCUUCGCUUCCCUCCGAAGCGUUUGCAUUCUACCAAUGGUCGCAAGCGAGGUGAGAAGUGUCACAACGUUAGCGUUCGAAGUGCCGCUGACAAUGGCAGCUCUUCUUCCAAUGGAUCAACCUCACGCAUGGUUCCUAUCGAAGAGGCUCUUAAGGGCCGCAGCGCCACAUUUCUUAGCAGAAGGCCUGUGUCUGAAGCAAAAGGCACCACGAAUGGAGCAGCGAAGGGUUCAAGCAAUGGAACCACCUAUGCAAACUCUAACGGCGUUGCAAAUAGAGGCAGUAACGGAAGCACUAACGGGAGUACAAACGGAAGGGCCAAUUCAGUGGCAAUGAGCCGUCAGUUAAAUGAGAUCUCUAUUAGUAAACUGAAUCAGAGUAUGAGUGCCGAUGUGGUGAUCCCCAAGAUGGGCUCUGUCGCAACAGUUGAUGUAGGGAAGCACAAUGAGGGGGCUUUCAGAGUGUUACCAUCAGAUGAAGGGUUUAGUUGGGCGAGGGAUGAUUACAGUACAACGCAGAGGCAGAUUGAUGUUUGGAGCUUUGUGCUUACCUUGCGAGCACGGGUUUGGUUUUUGGAUUCCAAAUGGACCUACCUCGGUGGAUUUACAGAGGAGAAACAGAAAGCACGGCGGAGAAGCUUAGCGGUGUGGGUCAGAGAGAAGAUCUUGCAACUAGGACCGACCUUUAUCAAGCUCGGACAGCUUUCCUCCACGAGAUCAGACCUUUUCCCAGCUGAGAUUGUGGAGGAGCUUGCAAAGCUUCAAGACCGAGUACCAGCAUUUUCAGCGGGGAAAGCAAUGGCCUUCAUAGAGAAAGAGCUGGGGGCGCCAGUAGAUGCAUUGUUUGCAGAUUUUGAACGCCAGCCCAUAGCUGCAGCAAGUCUUGGACAGGUUCACAGAGCAAUUUUGCCCAAUGGAGAGAGAGUUGUAGUAAAAGUUCAAAGACCUGGUCUGAAAAGAUUGUUCGACAUUGAUUUAAAUAAUCUGAAGGUGAUUGCUCAGUAUUUCCAAAACAGUGAAUCUAUGGGAGGCCCUACAAGAGACUGGCUGGGCAUCUACGAGGAGUGUGCAACGAUAUUAUACCAGGAAAUUGAUUAUCUGAGAGAAGGACGCAAUGCAGAUAGGUUUAGGCGGGAUUUUCGAAAGCAAAAGUGGGUCAGAGUGCCACAAGUUUUCUGGGAUUAUGCAUCACAAAAGGUGUUGACUCUGGAGUAUGUACCCGGUAUUAAAAUCAACGAUGUUGCGCUGCUGGAUGCUGGCGGCUUUGACAAACCAAAGCUUGCCAGGCUUGCCAUAGAAGCCUAUUUGAUACAGAUUUUGAGGACAGGGUUCUUCCACGCAGACCCGCAUCCUGGUAACUUGGCUGUGGAUGCUGACGGCUCACUCAUCUAUUAUGACUUUGGAAUGAUGGGUGAGAUAAAGUCUUUCACACGGGAGAAACUGCUUGAGAUGUUCUACGCUGUGUAUGAGAAGGAUGCAAGGAAAAUUAUUCAAGCCUUGAUUGACCUUGGAGCGCUAGUGCCAACAGGCGACAUGGGAUCGGUGCGACGAUCAGUGCAAUAUUUCUUGGAUAACUUGAUGGACCAGAAGCCUGACCAAGCAGCGACCUUUUCAGCCAUUGGAGAGGAUUUGUUUGCAAUAGCGGUGGAUCAACCAUUCCGUUUCCCAGCUACUUUCACGUUCGUGCUCCGGGCAUUUUCUACACUUGAAGGAAUUGGUAAUACGUUGGACCCUGAUUUUUCAUUUGCAAAGAUAGCUGCACCUUAUGCCCAGGAGCUGCUGGACACACGGAACGGGCAGAGAAAUGGGUCACGGUAUUUUGUUGAGGAAUUGCAACGGCAGGCUAAUGACGCAAGGGACGCAACAGUUCAAAUGCCUCAGAGAGUGCAACGCGUCGACCAAAUUAUGCGGCAACUAGAGUCUGGUGACUUGAAGCUACGCGUCAGGAGCCUCGAGGCGGAGAGGGCAGCACGACGAGCAUCUGUGAUGCAAGAGGCAAUCAUAAACUCCCUCUUUUCUGUAGGAUUAGCCAACAUUGGAGUCACAUUGAGCACUGCGCAAGGCAUCACAGCUGUCUCAAAUUCUUCAUUUGUUGGAGCUGGUAUCUUUUUGCUACUCUUGGCAAACAAUGUUCGCCGCAUUCGCAACCUCGACAAGUUUGAGAAGAUGUUGUAGCAAGAACAAGCCUCAGCUUUGAUGACAUUGUAGAAGAAUAUUAGAUGUACACUGUAUACUAAAAUUAUUGGCAUACGAAGGCUGCCCUUCAGAGUAGAACGAACCCUUCCAUUCUAUCAAAUGUAAUCACCCAACAUUGGGCAAUCAGCUUAUUGUAGCACCCAGUUCAUCGAAGUGACGAUCUGAUGGUGGCAAAAUGUUCUCAGCCUUGUAUCAAA